AUGCUUGGAUUCCUCACUACUGGCGCCCGCGCUACUCAACAAGCUGCAUCUCGCCUUCUUCAGUCUCCUUUCGCCGCCUCAUUUGUCGCUCCCUCCGCAGGGGCCUUUGCUUCCGUUUGUUCCAAGCUUCUUUCAUCCCGUUCAGGAGACGCCAUGAGCCGCUCUGCCCCUGCGGAUUCAUCCUGCAAGUCGGCAGACGUAAACACGUGCCAGUCCGGGGGUGUGCACUCGCCCGUAGAGCACCCCGCGUUUGAUCUCCUGCAGUCGCAGUAUGUUGCCGAGUACGACUUGCACGUUGUUGACUACAAGCACCGGCAGUCCAGUGCAAGAGUCAUCAGCCUAACUGCCCCAAAGACGGAAACGGAGAAAGCCUUCAUGGUGGCCUUUAGAACGCCUAUCGAAAACUCGGCGGGCGCUCCUCACAUCGUAGAACACUCUGUGCUGAUGGGUUCUGAGAAGUAUCCGGUGAAGGAGCCCUUUGUAGCGCUGAUGAAGAGCAGUCUGUACACCUACAUGAAUGCACUAACCUAUCCGGAUAGAACUUGCUAUCCCAUCGCCUCGGUGAAUCUUAAGGACUUCUACAACCUUGCCAGCGUUUAUAUGGACGCAGUGUUUCGACCUAAGGCGCUUGAAGACCACUUGACGUUGCGACAGGAGGGCUGGCGAUACGAACUGACGCCGAAGGGCAUGACGCCUUCGGAUGCGGGGGCAGACGUGCAGACGCAGGUCGAAGAAUACGCAAAACAGGCAGCUCAGUGUAUAGAAAACCCGUUUGCGUGCGAUUUCAAGAUUCAAGGGGUCGUUUUGAACGAAAUGAAGGGCGUCUACUCGUCGCCGGAUUCUCUGCACUCGCGGCUGAAACAAAGAGCGCUGUUUCCCAAUCUUCCACAUUACAACUUGGACUCUGGCGGGGAUCCUAAGGCCAUCCCGAAUCUCACGUAUGAAGAAUUCAAGCAAUUCUACAACAAAAGAUAUUUCCCCGGCAAUGCGCGUAUCUAUUUCUGGGGUGCCGAUGACGUCAAGAGAAGGCUGGAUUUUGUAGACGACUACCUCUCGAAGUUGCCGCUCAGAGAAGGCGGCGACACGACCAUCGGCACGCAGCGGCACUUGACAGAGCCGCGAUUCGUGGAAGAAGCCUACCCAGCGAGCGCUAACAAGCUCGAGGACUAUGUCUCGGUGAACUGGGUGCUUGAUGCCGUAAGAGAAGACGGCGAUUCUGCUCCGCAGCUGGAGGCAGCGGAUCGCAUGGCUCUCCAGCUUCUUUCCCACCUCUUAGUAAGCACCACUGCAAGCCCUCUGUACAAGGCAUUGACGGAGUCUGGAUUGGGCAAAAGCAUGAUCGGUGGUGGAUUGGGUUUGGACCUAAGGCAUGCGACCUUCUCUGCAGGCCUGAAGGGUAUGAAAUAAGGCUCUCUCUUGACGCUCGAGCAGCGCCUGCCUCAGGACGGUGAUAUGGCUGCCGCAGUUGAGUCGGUGAUUUUCAAGUGCCUCAAGACGUUGGCGAACGAGGGUUUCUCGCAGGACGCUAUCGAUGCAGCGCUCAACACCAUGGAAUUCACGCUGAGGGAACUCAACACGGGCACAUUCCCCAAGGGUCUAGCCAUCAUUUUAGACAUGGCAACAGAGUCCAACUACGAUCGAGACCCUGUUGCUUCCUUAGCGUUUGAGAAGGCGUUAGAUGCCGUGAAAGAACGUCUCAAGGCUGGCGAGCCGCUUUUCCAGAACCUCAUCAAGCGGUAUCUCUUGAACAAUACCCAUCGGGUGACUAUCAAGUUGAGGGCAGACCCCACCAUGCAGGAAAGAGAGGCUGCGCAAGAGGCUGAGAAGCUCAAGAAGAUUCAAGAGGCUCUCACUCCAGACGUCGUGGAAAGCAUUCUCACGGAUCAAAUAUCUUUGAAGCAGCGACAACUGCUGGACGACACGGAGGAGGCGCUUAAAACUAUUCCCGAACUGGAAUUAGCAGAUGUUGAGGAGACGGACAGUGAAAUUCCCUACGCAAUCACGUCGGUCGAGAAGGUUCCUGUCGUGACGCACUCCCUUCCAACCUCCGGCAUCUUGUACACCGAAGUGUAUGUUUCCUUGGCCUCUUUGGAGCUGAAAGACAUGGCAUUGUUGUCGCUCUUCACGCGAAUGUUGACAGAAGCGGGAACGUCAGACAUGACGGCUGAUGAGCUGCAGCAUCUCAUUGGCAAAACUACUGGUGGUCUCAGCGCCUCUGCAGAUAUUCGCUCCAUCAGCGCGUUUCCAAACACCGUUGCCGAUCCUUUUUCGUCUCUCGGCUUCCUCGUUGUCUCUGGAAAGGUGAGCAAGGCCGUUUGCAGGCGAAAAACGGAGACACAGGGCAUGCCGCUGAGUGGUGUGGUGGCGGUUGUUUUUUUUUUUAAAGAAAAGUGGCCAGAAGGCCAGGCAGGGCAGACAAACACAUGA